AUGCCCUUCGUCCCCCCUCCUCAUGGAGCACCGCAGCGGGUGGCGGAGUUGAUUGACCCCGUUCUACUUUGUUGGGACAGAGUGAAGUUGGAAGCCUUGUUUUCACAUGCCGAUGUGGAGCUAAUUACAUCUAUUCCUCUGGGUAGAAGAUUGUCGCAAGAUAGACUCAUAUGGCAUUUUAAUAAGAAAGGUAUGUUCACUACCAAUAGUGCUUAUUUUGUUGCCAGGGAUAUUGAACUGGGUAAUGUUCUUGCCCCGGCUACACCCCUUGAUCCAUUCCGGCCUUUAUGGAAAGCGAUAUGGGGGGCUACAGUACCUGGCAAAGUAGCCAUACAUGCAUGGAAGUGUUGUAUUAGUAUCUUGCCUACGAGAUCGGCCUUGAGCAGAAAAGGGUAUGUUGGGGAUCUAGGCUGUUUGUUAUGCCCCUCUACUUGUGAAGACUCACUUCACUUGUUCGUCGAAUGCCCGUAUGCAAAUAGUGUGUGGUUUGAAGCCGACAUUCAGAUGGAGCUCAAUGGAGUUGCAGAAUUCCUAGAGUUGUUGUUGAGGUUAGUUUGUACCCAGACUAAAGAACAAUUUGCAAAAACCUUAGUUGUGUUGUGGUCCAUUUGGAAGAACAGGAAUAUGCAACUGUGGGAUGAUAAAUUGCAACAGCCUACUGAUGCUGCAGUUUUCAGUUUGGGUUGGUUGCAAGAAUACCAGUCUGCCAAUGUGAAUGCUCCACAACCUCAACAUCAACAAUCAAAACGCUGGUCUGCGCCAGUAUCGGGAGUUUUGAAAUGCAAUGCUGAUGGAGCUUUUGUGGCACAUUCAAGAAGGGCAGCCUAUGGUCUGGUUUUCCGUAAUGAGACUGGGAACUUUCUGGCAGCUGCAGCUGCCCCUUUGAGGCAAAUGUCGUCUCCUUUUCACACGGAAGUAAUGGCUAUGUUGGAGAGCAUGCGUCUUGCCGAAACUCUUCAUUAUAAGAAUGUCAUAUUUGAAUCUGAUUGUUUGCUUUUGAUACAAGCUUUAGCCAACGACGAACCUGACAUAUCUACCUUGGGUUUGCUGCUUGGAGAAGUCAGAGACUUGUUACGCAAUAAUCUGGAGUUUAAGGUUUGCUAUACACCUCGUGAAGCUAAUGUAGUAGCACAUAAGCUUGCAAAACAUGCUUGUCAAGCGUUAGAAAGUCAAGUGUGGUUUGUUGUUGCUCCCGAAUUUAUACGGGAUGCCCUUCUAAGUGAUUAUAAUCACUAA